AUGGCGCUCGGCGCCCGCCUCCCCCUGGGCCUCGCGCUGCUCGCGGCCCUCAUCGCCGUCCUCCUCCAGCUCUACCGCCUCAGGAAGCCGAGGUUGUGGACGCUGGAGGAGUUGUCGAUAUACAACGGAACAGAUGAAGGGUUGCCCAUAUUGCUUGGUAUUUUGGGCUCGGUGUUUGAUGUCACAAAAGGAAGGUCACAUUAUGGCCCUGGAGGAGGCUAUCACCACUUUUCGGGCAGGGACGCAUCACGAGCUUUUGUUUCUGGAAAUUUUACAGAAAGCUGCUCAAGGUGGUUAAAUUUAGCUGACUUUUUAAAUCAGGAGUGGCCUGCUGGGGACAAAAAUGAGGAAAAUAAGUCGCAUGUCAGAGGUGUUCCCUUCCUUGUUGCUGAAUUGUUUAAUGUUAUAUGGUUUUCACUUUCUUUCAGAUUUGCUGGUAAAAUUGUUGGACGCUACCACGACAGCGAGGGCAAUCCUACAAAAUAUCUGAAGGGUGUGGAGAUGAAGGCAAAAAGAGGUGCUCAGCUUCUUGAGAAGCAGAAGAGGGAGGAAGAUAAAAUACCCAGCUGUAAUUCAAAAUGGAGUGAGGCAGAGGGUGGAGAAGUUUGGUGCGAGACAGGGUACCCGAGGUUAGUGAGGAGGCCGGGCGACAUAGCUCUGACGGGGCAGGCCGUGGCGACGAUGGGAUCGGAUCGGAUCCUCCCUCGCCGUUCCACCGGCGCACUGUUGGCAGCUGUCCCUGCAGCCAGCAGGUCUCUCGCGUCCGAAAGGCGAUGCGUGGAUGGAUUUGCCAAAAAGGAUUUUUCGCUUAAAACCGACCGGUUUGUCAUGGCGGUCUCUGAAGCAAAAAUGAAAAAAACUUGA